GGCUUGUUCCUCAUGUCCCACUGACACACAAAGAAGCUGCAAGCAAACUCCCUCCUCUUAUCAUAUUUUUGUCUGCCUACAAAUAUUAUGGGCAACAACCUUCAUUAGAAACUCCCUAGUGUAUACCAAAUCACAGAUGUUGAUAAUUAAGGAGGGAUUAACAUUCAUGUCAAAAAUAUGAAUCAAACAAUCUAGCCUAAACCAAGAGAGAACUAAGGAUUACAGAGGAACGGCCACCGAAUAAAUCCAACAAAAAUACAAAAGAAAUUGAAACUGGGAAGAUAUAUAUUCAUCUACAUACCUGUUCGAGUUCAUUUUCGUCAAAAACGGUCAAUUGCAAGAAGGGUUGGUACGGUUCUUGGCUCCUUUCUUCUUCUCAGCUUUCUCAUCAAGCGGAUACUUUGCUUUAUCAUGCUCCGGCAACAGUAGAAGAUCCUCUAUGUUUAUGUUUCCAUACUCAUCAAGCGGUUUAUGUUUCCAUGUUUUUAAUCUUUUUACCAUGGAUUCAUAUGCAUAUGUUUCAAAUUCUAUGUUUGUAACCUAAACUAUUUUUCAUUAACUAUGAAAUAUUUACAAUUUAGAAAAAAAAAAUGUUAAGUAGAUAAUAGGAUUAGGAGAUCUGUGCCGCGCGCGUGAGAGGAAGAUCCUUUUUCCUUGAUCUGAUGAAAAGGAAGUGUUGAGUUUUGAGAAACGGAAAGUGUUGAGUUUUGUCUUUUCUAUAGAAGAUUUUUGUUUUCCUGUUUUAUCUAUAAAUAAGCCUCUUAAAUCUCUUCAUCAACAAUGACUUGUCUGCAAUUACAAGAAUGUCGAAAAAGCAACGUUGCUUGAUGAUGGAAUCGCUGCCCCACGAGGUCGUAGAGUGCAUCCUAGAGAGACUUGAUGCGGAUCCUCUGCUGAGAUUCAAGGCUGUAUCGAAACAAUGGAAAUCAACUAUUGAAUCUCCAUUCUUCCAGCGAAGACAGUUCACACAGCGUCAGCAAUCAGGUAAUCCAGAUGUUCUCAUGGUCUCCCGUUGUGCUGAUAUUAAUUCGGAAAUAGAAGCUCUUACUACAUUGGUGUUGGGUUCAUCAUCAUCUGUCAAGAUCCCUACUCCUUGGGAGGAGGAGGAGGAGGAGGACAAAGAAUACUCUGUUUCCCAGGAUAGCUGUGACGGUCUCGUUUGUCUCUUCGAUAAAUUCAAAUCCGGUUUUGUGUUCAAUCCCGCCACUAGAUGGUAUCACCCUCUUCCUCUCUGCCAAUUACAACAACUCCUUAUUGCCAUAGGCGACGGUUUCUACGAUCUUGGAUACAGAGUCUCUAGGCUUGGAUUCGGUAAAGACAAACUCACAGGCACAUACAAGCCCGUUUGGUUAUACAACUCUAUAGAAAUUGGCCUAGAAAACGCUACUACAUGCGAGGUUUUCGACUUUAGCACCAACGCUUGGAGGUAUGUUUCACCAGCUGCUCCUUAUAGGAUUGUUGGUUGCCCCGCACCUGUCUGCGUAGAUGGGUCGCUUCAUUGGUUCACCGAGUGCGAGGAAACCAAAAUUCUUUCGUUCGAUCUUCACACCGAAACCUUUCAAGUUGUCUCUAAAGCUCCCUUUGCCAAUGUAGAUGGAUUCGAUAUAGUCAUGUGCAACCUCGACAACCGCUUGUGCGUUUCCGAGAUGAAGCUGCCCAACCAAGUGAUAUGGUCAUUCAAUUCAGGUAACAAGACAUGGCACAAAAUGUGUUCCAUUAAUCUGGAUAUAACUUCUCGUUGGUUUGGUCCUACUCAAGUAUGCGCCGUCUUGCCACUAGCACUUUUGGAUGGGAAGAAGAAGAAGAAGAAAAAGUUGUUGUUUUAUUGUCGUGUACGAAAACGAACAAUGGUGGUACAUGAUGACGAAACCAAAUCAUAUGAUGUUGCUUUCGAGGCUGACUCCAUCGGUCAUCCUGUCUGUUAUUUCCCGAGUUUAAUAUCUAUUUCAUAAAGCUUCUUUCACCAUCCGUUUGUUUGUCCAAGUUUGCAACUCUUAAAGCUGCCUAUGAUUAUGUUUCAGAUUCUUGUUUUAUGUAAGAAGGGCUUGUUUCAACAUGUACCAACAAUUUUUGUCGUGCUUUUUUAUGCGCUUGUUAUGCUUCUAAUUUA